CCCACAAGCUAAUUCCAGCGACGGAGCGACUUCCGCGAGAGAGGUGACGGUAGACGCGAUGGAAGAUGAUGGGACGAUCAACGCCGUAGCCGUCUUGGUCGACGAGCUGCGCCAUGACGACGCCAAGCUGCGGCUGCAAGCGAUCAAGAAGGUGCAAGUGAUUGCCUCGGCGCUCGGCCCGCAGCGCACGCGUGACGAGCUGCUUCCGUUUCUUAACGAGACCUUGGACGACGACGACGAGAUCCUCCUGGCGCUCGCGCAAGAGCUUGGCGAAUUUGUCGAACUCGUCGGCGGUGCGCUCAAUGCGUAUCACUUGCUCUUCUUGCUCGAAACCCUCGUGGCCGUGGACGAGGCCGCGGUCCGAGACAUGGCGUGCAAGUCGAUGGUCAAGGUCGUGCAGCAAAUGUCGCCAGAGCACAUUACGGAGCACUUUGUGGCAGUCUUGCGCCGCCUUGUCACGCGCGACUGGUACACGUCGCGCAUUGCUGCUUGCAGUCUCUUUCAAGUGGGCUACAACGCAUUGACGCCGGCGAUCCAAGCUGAAAUGCGGGGCAUGUUUGGCCAGCUCUGCCGUGACGACCUCCCGCUCGUGCGCAAGGCCGCCUCGACGGCGCUGGGUCCGUUUGCGUUGUUGACGGACGCGGCGACGGCCAAUACCGAGCUCAUGCCGCUCUUCAUUUCGCUCGCGCAAGAUCGCCAAGACUCGGUGCGCCUUCAAACGGUCGACAACGCGGUGGCCCUCGCGCAGCUCGUACCGGAAGACGUCAAGAUGACGCAGCUCAUCCCGAUCAUUUGCGCGGCCGCCAAAGACACGGCGUGGCGCGUCCGGUGGUCGGUCGGCAACAAGCUCCCCGAGAUUUGCGAGGCCGUUGGGCCGGAAGUGGCCAGCACGACCAUCUGUGACACGUGCUUGGUUCCGCUUCUGGGCGAUACGGAGGCCGAGGUCAAGACGAUUGCAGCGUCCAAGACGCACGGGGCGUCGGCCUUUAUCCACCCGGCCCAGCUCGUGGCCAAGGUGAUUCCGUCGUGCACGGCCUUGGCGCGGGAUCCGUCCGAGCACGUUCGCGCGUCGCUGGCGUCGGUCGUCAUGAAGAUGGCGCCGUACUUGGGCCGCGAGCAUGCGGUGGCACAUUUGCUGCCGCUCUUCCUGCAGCUGCUGUCGGAUGAGAACUCGGAAGUGCGUCUUAACAUCAUCUCGAACCUCGACCACGUCAACGACGUGGUUGGCAUCGACCAGCUCUCGCAGUCGCUCUUGCCGGCGAUCGUGCAGCUGGCCGAGGACCGGCAGUGGCGCGUGCGUCUCGCAAUCAUCGAGUUUGUACCGACGCUCGCGUCGCAGCUGGGCGUCUCGUACUUUGAGGAGCACCUCAUGGAGAUGUGCAUGAGCUGGCUCUGCGACAGCGUCUUCUCGAUCCGCGAGGCCGCGGCGCUGAAUCUGCAGCGCUUGACACAGCACUUUGGCGUCGACUGGGCCCGGCACCACAUCGUGCCCAGAAUAUUUACCAUGCACACCAACCCGAAUUACCUCUACCGCAUGAUCUCGCUGCGCGCCGUCAAGGUGUUGGCGCAAGCGAUGCCAUCCGACGCGAUCCAAGCCACGAUUCUCCCGAUCGUGCUCGAGCUGGCCGCGGACCCGGUGCCCAACAUCCGCUUCAACGUGGCCAAGACGCUGGAAUCCAUGGUCGGCCCCGUCGACCCGGCCGUCCUCGCGACGACGGCCCACCCGUGCCUGCACGCGCUCCUCCAAGACCCGGACGGCGACGUGCAGUUCUUUGCUGCCCGCGCGCUCCAGGCCAUGCCGUAAGGGAUUGCGCACCCUCGUGUAUGCUCGGUUCCUAUAUGACGACGCUUCUACUUCUGCU